UAAGUAAAAAGAAAAGAAAGAAGGGAAAAGAGUAGAAAGAAGAGGGAAAGAAACGAAACAAAAACGGGAAUAUCGCGGGAACGGUAGUUUAAAGUGUGUAAAGUGUGACAUGGGGUGCUUUGGCAGCCAGAGCUCCAAGGCCAGUCAGGAUGACAGUAAAAAUCAAAAGAGGCGUUCGGAUGCGAUCACCAGGCAACUACAAAAGGACAAACAAGUAUACAGGGCCACUCAUCGCCUUCUACUUCUCGGCGCGGGAGAGUCUGGAAAAAGUACCAUCGUUAAACAGAUGAGGAUACUUCACGUGAAUGGCUUCAGCGAGGCGGAGAAGCGGCAGAAGAUCGAGGACAUUAAGAAAAAUAUAAGGGACGCGAUCUUGACGAUAACGACCGCGAUGAACACUUUGACGCCACCGGUGAUCCUCGAAGAUCAAGCGAACCAGAGCAGAGUCGAAUACGUCCUCGAUGUAUCGUCUUCCCCGGAUUUCGACUACCCGUCGGAGUUCUACGAGAUUGUGGAGACGCUUUGGAAGGACAGAGGAGUCCAGCAGAGCUUUGAGCGCAGCAACGAGUAUCAGCUCAUCGAUUGCGCCAAAUACUUCCUAGACAAAGUAGCGAUAGUGAAACAACCCGACUACACACCUACGGAGCAGGAUAUCUUGAGGUGUCGAGUCCUCACCUCCGGUAUAUUCGAGACGCGGUUUCAAGUCGACAAAGUCAACUUUCACAUGUUCGAUGUCGGCGGGCAGCGAGACGAAAGGAGAAAAUGGAUACAGUGCUUUAACGACGUGACAGCCAUUAUCUUCGUGACGGCCUGUAGUAGUUACAACAUGGUGCUUAGGGAAGACCCGACGAAACUCAGACUCAGAGAAAGUCUCGACCUCUUCAAGAGCAUUUGGAAUAACCGAUGGCUCCGUACGAUAUCCGUAAUCUUGUUCCUGAACAAGCAGGAUCUUCUAGCGGAAAAGAUCAAAGCCGGCAAACACAAGCUCGAGGAUUACUUUCCGGAAUUUGCGAGAUACCAGACACCCGUUGAACCAGGCGUCGUCGCGGAUCCCUCGGAACCCCCUGACGUCAUCAGGGCGAAAUAUUUCAUCAGAGACGAGUUCCUGCGCAUAAGCACGGCCAGUGGGGAUGGAAAGCAUUAUUGUUACCCACAUUUCACGUGCGCCGUUGACACCGAGAACAUAAAGAGAGUGUUCAACGACUGCCGCGAUAUCAUCCAGCGAAUGCAUCUGCGGCAGUACGAACUAUUGUGACUUGGUUCUGGCAGCCGUAGUUUGCUUCGUCCGCUUCUUUACGGAGCCCAACUGCAACUCCAACGGCAUUACAGUACGAUAUCAAGGGGGAAAUACCUGUGCCCGUCGAUAUGUCAAGUUAAAAUUCGAAGUUGUGCCGUGCGUUGAGUACGACAGCCUGCAACAGAUGCUCGCAGGCCUGGUGCGAGAACGGAGCAUCAUCACCUUCCUGGGCCCUUGGAGCUAGACGAGCAAGGGCUGUCUGGGAGAGGCCGGAGGGCGGGGGCGAAACUGAAUUUAUGUUUCUCUCUUUCUAUUUAUCUAUCUCUUUCUCUCUCUCUUCUCUCUUCUUUCUUCUCUCUCUUUAUCUCUUUCGUCAGUCGCUGGAGUCCAUCAACCGUAACGUCACGGUAUCAAGCUGGUGCAGUACGAUAAUACAUACGUAUUUUGUAAUUGAAUGGAAGACAAAAAAAAAAAAAAAAAAAUAAACCUAAGGAUUACAUAAUGCAGGGAAGUUGAUUACAGCUAAGUCAAGUUAAGCCUGAUAAAUAUAUUGUUAUCAUAUUUUUGUGCCGGAAACAGAGAAAGGAAGAUCAUGCACGGAGUCGAGUUAACUUUCUUUACCGCAAACGUAUUGAGGUAUUUAAU